CUUUUCUCCUCCCCCCUGCCCCCCGACCCGAGGAAAGAGAAAGAGCAGAGUCCACACGGCAGAGGCCAAAGGCGGGAGGAGGGGCGGGAUGCCGAUCCUGUACGCGGUGGUGGCGCGGGGCGCGACGGUGCUGGCGGAGCACAGCGCGGCGGCGACCAACGCGGGCGCCGUCGCGCGCCAGGUGCUCGAGCGCCUCCCCGGCGGACGUAUCCCAUUUGCUUUCCUUGAGGAUAUCCAUGGAAAGUUUGUCAAGACAUAUGGCCGUGCUGCACUGACAGCUCUUGCUUAUGCAAUGAAUGACGAAUUCUCAAGGGUUCUCAGUCAGCAAAUGGAUUACUAUUCAAAUGACCCUAGUGCAGAUCAAAUCAACCGUAUGAGAGGCGAAAUCAGUCAGGUGAGGAGUGUUAUGAUUGAUAAUAUUGAUAAAGUCCUUGAAAGAGGUGACCGUUUAGACCUAUUGGUGGACAAGACUACAACUAUGCAAGGAAAUACAGUUCGAUUCAAAAGACAAGCUCGCCGCUACAGAAGCACAACUUGGUGGAGAAAUGUCAAACUCACGGCCGCGUUGAUACUCCUCCUCCUUGUAAUAGUAUACAUCGCCCUCUUCUUCGUGUGCCACGGCUUCACCUUGCCGACUUGCAUCCGGUGAGAGGGCCGGGGGCAUAUAAAUUCGUCUGGUGGUGUGUGCUUGUGUCCACUGCUUGUCUGUCUCCCAGCCCAGGAGAGCGACCGUUGCAGCUCCAGUGCAAGUGCAACCAGUCGCAUUGCAAAAAAAAAAUUUGUGUGUAGAGAGGAAGGAGACUGACCUGAGCCUGCUAUUUAUUCUGUAAUUGUGACGCCUUGGAUUGUGAAGACUCCGUUUGGAACGUAAUCGAGUGCCUUGCUCAUUCAACGCUGGAGUGGGACCGUUGUGUUGUGUUGUGUAGCCACCGUUGCUGUGGGUGGUUGUACAUAUAUGGUUUCAAACUUUCAGCAACUCGUAUGCUGACAUGGGUCCAGUCCAAUAAGUAUCAUCUGUGCAGGUUGCAACUGUUUUUC